AACAUGGCAAAAAAAAAAAAAAUAAUACAUGACUCGGCAAAAAAAUUGUCUAAUUACUCAACUUCAUGCUUUGAGAAAACCUAGUUCAAAGAACAAAGAUGCCAGUGAAACUGAUGAUGAAGAAGAAGAGGAAGAUGAGGCUGUAGAUGAUCAGGAUGAGGAUGGAGGUAAGGAGGAAGAUGGAUCUAGUGAGGACAGUGAAGAUAAUCCUAAGGAUGAACCAAAGGCAAAUGAGGAUGGUGCUAGUAGAGAUGAUGGUGAUGAAGAAGAUGAAAAAGAUGAGGGUGAUGAUGAUGAUGAUGAUGUUGAGGAAGAGGAUGAAGAAGAAGAUGAGGAUGAAGAAAAAGAAGAAGAUGAUGAUGAUGAUGAUGAGGAACCCAGCAAUCGCUAGGUUUGAUUGAACCCAGCAGACGCUGCUAGGUUUGAAAGAACCCGGGUGUGUUGGGUUCCAUCAAACCCAGCAGGGUUCAAAGGAAUCUAGUAAUGCAUGUUAGGUUCCUUCAAACCUAGCUUUCAAACCCAAUAAAAGAAAGAAAUUGUA